GCCCGCUCCGAGGCGCCAAUAAAUACGCUCCCCUCCUCCUCCUGCCUCUUAUGCUCACCACCGCUCCAAGGAACGGAACCAACAAAUCCGAUCCCCAAAUCUCGUCUCCGGUCGCCUCGAGGCUCGUCGAAGAAUCUCCUUCCCCCCGCCUCCCCAAGAUGCAGAUCUUUGUGAAGACUUUGACUGGCAAGACCAUCACCCUUGAGGUUGAGUCGUCUGACACCAUCGACAACGUUAAGGCCAAGAUCCAGGAUAAGGAGGGCAUCCCACCGGACCAGCAGCGUCUCAUCUUCGCUGGCAAGCAGCUGGAGGAUGGUCGCACCCUCGCUGACUACAACAUUCAGAAGGAGUCCACCCUUCACCUUGUGCUGCGUCUGCGUGGUGGUAUGCAGAUCUUUGUGAAGACUUUGACUGGCAAGACCAUCACCCUUGAGGUGGAGUCAUCUGACACCAUUGACAACGUGAAGGCCAAGAUCCAGGAUAAGGAGGGCAUUCCCCCGGACCAGCAGCGUCUGAUCUUUGCUGGCAAGCAGCUGGAAGAUGGCCGCACCCUCGCCGACUACAACAUCCAGAAGGAGUCCACCCUUCACCUUGUCCUGCGUCUGCGUGGUGGUAUGCAGAUCUUCGUCAAGACCCUCACCGGCAAGACCAUCACCCUGGAGGUGGAGAGCUCUGACACCAUCGACAACGUGAAGGCCAAGAUCCAGGACAAGGAGGGCAUUCCCCCGGACCAGCAGCGUCUGAUCUUCGCAGGAAAGCAGCUGGAGGAUGGUCGCACCCUUGCUGACUACAACAUCCAGAAGGAGUCCACCCUUCACCUUGUCCUGCGUCUGCGUGGUGGUAUGCAGAUCUUUGUGAAGACUUUGACUGGCAAGACCAUCACCCUUGAGGUGGAGUCAUCUGACACCAUUGACAACGUGAAGGCCAAGAUCCAGGACAAGGAGGGCAUUCCCCCGGACCAGCAGCGCCUGAUCUUUGCAGGAAAGCAGCUGGAGGAUGGCCGCACCCUUGCUGACUACAACAUCCAGAAGGAGUCCACCCUCCACCUGGUGCUCCGCCUUCGAGGUGGUCAGUAAUGGUCUGCUCUUGCCCUCUGAAGUAUCUGUCUCAGUUCGUGUUAAGUCUACCUGUGUCUGGUUGAUGGACCAUCGAGUCCCCCCAGUGUCUGUUGGUUUCGUGCAAACAGUUACUGCUAUAGCAGUAUGGUUUUAAGUACUAUGAGAAAGCAUAAGUGAAGUUUGGCAUUAUAA